AUGGUGCUGUCGUGGAUCAUCAAUUCUGUUUCUAAGGAAAUUGCAGCGAGUGUCAUUUCUGUCGAUUCCACGGAGACUAUGUGGAAUGAUCUCCGUGAUCGCUUCUCUCAACAAAAUGGACCUCAAAUUUUCCAAGUUCAGAAAGCAAUCUCUGCCAUGUCUCAAGAAGAUCAAUCAGUAAGCAGUUAUUUCACUGCUCACAAAGGAUUGUGGGAUGAAUGUAUCGUCCUUUACCGAUUUGUCUUUGUGGAAAAUGUUCUUGUGGUUUUCUCUUUGGUUGUUCAACAUAAAUGCCAAAGUAAAAUCUUUGGGGAUCUCGAGUCUAUGAGUCAGAAUACUGCUGCACUGUUAGCUAAGGCACCUUCUCCAUCUCAAUCUACAUUCACUCGACCUGCUGCUGGGAAUCCUUCUCGCUAUGGAAAAUCAUCUUCUUUUGUUCGAAAGGAUCGUCCUACAUGCAAUCACUAUGGCAUUUCUGGUCACACUAUGGAGAAGUGUUACUGA